AUGGCCGCAGUCGCUUCCAGCUCCAGCCGCGGACACACCGCAAAGGUCCUCACCAUCGGACCUGCCUGCGGCCGCAUAACAGAGCUCAUCUCAAAGGUCACGGCCAUCCAGUCAAAGCACGGGCCCUUUGCCUGCCUCCUCAUCCUCGGCGACCUCUUCACUCCAAACGGCCCCCUCACCCAGCCAGAGCUCGACCUCCUCGCCGGCACCACCUGGCUCCCCAUCCCCACCUACUUCUACCUCGGAUCCGCACCCCUGCCCCACGAGGUGCAGCAAAAGGUCGAUGCCGCAUCGCACAGGCGCACACACGACGCCCCCUUCCAGAUCGCCAACAACCUCUUCUACCUCGGCAAGUCGGGCGUCUGCCUCACCCCGCAGGGCUUCCGCAUCGCUUUCUGCGGCGGCACAUGGGACGCCACAAAGUGGGCAGAGAGCAUGCGCAACGCUACCGAGGGGCACGGUCACGACCUCGACGCAGACAACGACAACGCCGACGACCAGACCUCGCCCUACAUCACCACCCACGCCGUCCACCGCCUCCUCUCCCACCCGAGCUUCGCCCUCCCCAAGCCCGUCCCCGCCCAGACCGCCGCUUCGUCGUCGGCUGCCGCUCCGCAGACCCUCGCAGCCGCAAAGGCCCAGGCAAAAGCGGCGGCCGCAUCCGCCGCAGUGGUCAGCGAAAACGCCGCGCUCCUCGACUCGCGGCCCCCGCUCGACUUUCUCCUCACAAACUACUGGCCCUCGGGCAUCGCCCUCUUCUCCAACGCAGCGCUCCCCGACGACAGCGCACGCAUCUGGGGCUGUGCGCCGCUCGCCAACAUCGCCCGGGCCGGCGCGCCCCGCUACCACUUCGCCCUCGCGCCCGGUCCCGAAGAUGACACGACCAUUGUCGGGCUCGGCGACGAGGUGCGCCAGGUCGGCGCAUUCUGGGAGCGCGAGCCGUACCAAAACGACCUCGGCCUCGUCCCUGCCAACGCCAACGGCCGCGACCAGGGCUGGGCGUCGAGGCAGCGUACCGACGCGGCCGCCGCCACAGAGCCCGUGACGAGGUUCAUCAGCCUGGCACGCUUCGCCAAUGCCAAAAAGGCGAGGUGGUUCAUGGCGCUCAAGCUCGCGCCCGCAUCGUCGCCAUCGCCGCCACCGCCCAAGCCGGCCAACACGACGGCCUCGCCCUACUUUUCCGGCUCCAUGGCAGGCGGUGCCGGCGGGGCCAAGAGGACGGCCGAUGCGGCGGGCAUUGGCAACGGCAACGGCAACGUCGAGGGCGGCGAUCUUCCAGAGGCCGGGCCCAACUUCCGCUUCUCCCAGGACGCGCGCGGCAAGCGACGUCGCGUGGCGGGCGAGGAGCGAGACGACGGCCCGCCGCCGCCCGGAUACAAGUGCCGGAUCUGCGGGUCCGAGGAGCACUACAUCCGGCUUUGUCCGCAAAAAGGACAGGGCAAGCCGGCGCGCGACGGCGACGGAGGCAAUCGCGAUGCAGCCUCUUCGACCAGCGGAGCCGGGGCCGGAGCGGGAGAUGGAACGGGACCUCGACCGCCGCCGUCGAUUCGCGCCUCGACGAUCCUGCCGCCGGGUCUGGCCGGUCUGCCUUCGAAGCCCGCCUUUCUCCAGCGCGAGCGCCUGCUGCCGGUGGGGCCCGAGGACUGCUGGUUCUGCCUUUCCAACCCGCAGUGCGCCAAGCACCUGAUCGUGUCGAUCGGCGACGAAACCUACCUCGCCCUGCCCAAGGGUGCGCUGCCGUCGCCGACGACGACGUCGGUCCCGGGCGGGGGCCACGUGCUGAUCGUGCCGAUGUCGCACUUUGGCUCUCUCUUCGAGGCCGAGGAUGCGGCCGUGGCGGACGAGACGAUGCGCGAGACGCAGCGCGUCAAGGCGCGGCUGCGACGCUGCUUCCGCCGGUACGGCGCGACGAUGGUGUGCUGGGAGAUUGGCAAGAGCAGCCGGAGCGGGAGCCGCGUGGGGCACACCAUGGUCCAGGCCGUCGCGGUUCCGUCGGAGAUGGAGGCGAGGCUCGAAGAGGUGUUUGAGGAGCGCGCGGCCAAGAGCCGAAUGGAGUUCAUCAAGGACCCGCGCGCCGUCGAUGCCUUUUUCCAGCGUGUCGGCGAUGCUGCCGCCGCUGGUGGUGGUGGUGCGGCGAAGGAAGAGGCGGGCAUCGACUACCUGGCCCUGGAAUUGGGCGACGACAAAAAGUGGCUCCUCAAGAUCGCGGCGGGUGGGAGGUUGGCCGUCCAGUUUGUUCGACAAACGCUAGCGGCCCUCCUUGACAUUCCGGAUCGAGCAGACUGGAAGAGCUGCGUGCGAUCCGAAGACGAAGAGAAAUCCGACGUCCAGGCCUUCAGAAACGCCCUCAACGCUUCCGACGAACAGCAGCAGGACGAAUAG